CGUAUCGCUUGCGGGUAACUUCUCUUAUAUAUGUUUCCCGUAUAGCCUCGCGGGUACGUCGUACUAUUCGAUAUCAUUCAUAUAUUCCUCAAAGCUAGCUAGCCCUUUGCUUGUUUGGAAUCGUUGGCUCUAGAAAUGGCGACGACGGAGGUGCAGAGGGUAGUGUUCGAUUCGGGAGCGGCGGCGUCGAUGGUGGAGGAGCUCAGGGGGAGUUAUAGGUCUGGGAAGACGACGAGCUACGAGUGGAGAGUGUCGCAGUUGCAGAAGCUAGAGAAGAUCACCGAGUUUCAUGAACAAGAAAUCGUUGAGGCUCUCCGGUCCGACCUGUCCAAACCGGAAUUCGAAUCCUUCGUUCAAGAGAUAGGCAUGCUGAAGAGUGCAUGUAAAUUGGCAAUCAAACAACUGAAGUCAUGGAUGAAGCCAGAGAAGGUUGCAACUUCAAUGACCACUUUCCCUUCGUCAGCUGAAAUAGUGUCUGAGCCUCUUGGUGUUGUACUAAUAAUUUCAGCAUGGAAUUAUCCUUUCUUGUUAUCCCUUGAUCCAGUUGUUGGAGCAAUUGCAGCCGGUAAUGCUGUGGUUCUGAAACCAUCAGAACUUGCUCCUGCUACAUCGUCAUUGCUUUCAAAACUACUGGGAGAGUAUAUGGAUAGCUCUUCUGUGAGAGUUGUUGAGGGGGGUGUUGCUGAAACAUCUGCACUAUUGGAGCAAAAAUGGGACAAAAUAUGUUACACAGGCAACUCAAGAGUGGGAAGGAUUGUGAUGGCUAGUGCUGUAAAGCACCUUACACCUGUUCUUUUGGAGCUUGGAGGAAAAUCUCCUGUUGUUGUUGAUUCUGGCAUAAACUUACAAGUCGCAUGUAGGCGGAUAAUUGUAGGAAAGUGGGGAUGUAAUAAUGGACAGGCCUGCGUUUCUCCUGAUUACAUUCUAACAACAAAAGAGUUUGCUUCUAAGUUGGUAGAUGCCUUGAAAAGUGAAUUGGAUAAAUUUUAUGGGAAGAAUCCCCUACAAUCAAAAGACUUGUCUCGUGUUGUGAAUUUUAAUCACUAUGCUCGCUUGACAAAGAUGUUGGAUGAGGUUUCUGAUAAGGUCAUCCAUGGAGGUGAAAGAGACGUGAACAACUUGAGGAUAGCUCCGACCAUCUUACUUGAUGUUCCACAAGACUCUUUGAUCAUGAACGAGGAAAUAUUUGGUCCCUUGCUUCCCAUUGUAACGGUUGAGAAGAUAGAAGACAGCUUUGAUUUGAUAAAUUCUGGAACAAAGCCACUUGCUGCAUAUUUGUUUACCAACAACCAGAAGCUGAAGGAUCACUUUGUCAAGAAUAUCUCUGCAGGAGGUUUGGUUAUCAAUGACACUACCAUCCAUCUUGCGGUUCCUACCUUGCCAUUUGGAGGAGUUGGGGAAAGUGGAAUGGGUGCAUACCAUGGGAAAUUCUCUUUUGAAGCCUUCAGCCAUAAGAAAGCAGUUGUUUAUCGAGGUUAUGCUUUAGAUGCUUCUGUGAGGUACCCUCCUUACACAAAUGGGAAGCUCAAUCUUCUGAAGGCUCUGGUUGGUGGGAGUCUGUUGGGCAUAAUCCGCGCUCUGUUCAGAUCGUCCAAAGCUUAAAAGAGGGCUUGUUUGUAUCGAAAGUCCUCUUGUGGUUCAGAUGUCAAAGUUGAUAAAUCUUACAAGUUUUCAGUACAGUAUUUUGGUUUCGUUUAGGAGUUGUGUCCCAUCUGGGCAUCCGUUGUAUUCCUUUUUAAAGCUCUAAAGCCUGAACGCUCGUUUUAGUAUAGAAACAUUGGGUUAUUUACCCUGCAAUAUACAGGACCCCAAUCUAUUCUGUUUUGGGUGAAAACUA